AUGAAGGAAAUGGGAUCCAGGAGUGAAGAAUGUUACUUCCAGAUUUGUUUGUGGAAUGUAGCGGAGGUAAAGAAUAAGGAAGAGGAUUUUUGGUUAUGGCUAAGGAAUUGGGAUGUCGUAAUGUUGUUAGAGACUUGGGUAAACAACAAGAAAUGGAUGGAGAUAACGGAGUCAUGGAAAAAGGGCUUCAGCUGGAACAUCCUGGAAGCCAUAAUUCCCAAAGGGAGAGGCAGAGCGAGUGGGGGUGUGUUGGUUGGCGUAAAGGAUGGAUUGGAAAGGGGUAGAAAGGGGAAAUGGGAUACUGAUGGCUGGGUGGAAAUGCCAGGACAGGCGGAUGGGGAUGGGACAGAAGGUAUAAGAAAGUCGAAGGAUAAAGUUAUUAACAAGGAUGGAAAAGAAUUAUGUGAAUAUUUGGAUAAGAGAGGCUGGGGAAUACUAAAUGGGUGCAUAGAAGGUGAUGAAGAAGGGGAAUGGACAUUUAUUGGGGAAAGAGGAUGCUCAGUAAUUGACGUGGUACUGGGAAAUGAGAGAAUCAGGGAUAGCAUACACGAUCUGAAGGUGGUUGAAAGAACCGAGUCUGACCACUUACCUGUCGUGGUGAAGUUAUGGGGAAGAAAAGAAAAAAGGAAGAUGUCAGGAAGAGGAGGGGUCAGAGGAAUAUGGGAUAAAGAAGGGGUGAUAAGCUUCAAAGAGGAACUAGAGGCAGGCGUAUGCGUGGAGGACAGGGGAGAGAGUGUAGAAGAAGAAUGGGUAAGUCUGAAGAAGAAAAUACAAGUAGUUUUAAAAGAGGUGACAAAGAAGAAAUAUUGUGCUGGAAGUAAGCAGGGUUGGUGGGAUGAGGAGUGUAGAAUUGAAAAAAACAUUCUAGGCAAAACACUCAGAGAUUUUAGAAAUGGUAAGAGGCUAUGCGAAAAGAAAAAAGAACAAGAUAGGAAGAAAUGGGAAGAGCAGGUUAACAACAAAACUACAGAGGGGCAGAUAUGGAAGAUCGUUAACGAAGGCAGAAAAAAGAGAGAAGGACUGAACAAGGGGAUCAAGUUAGAAUCGUGGAAUUGUUAUUUCAAAGAGAGCUUUGGUGGUGUCGAGGAGAGGAGCAGGUGGGAAGGAUCGUCAGAAGAAGUAAGUCUGGAAAAGGAAGAAACGGUGGAUAUAGAAAGAGAGGAAGUGAACGGAAUAAUUAAAAACAUGAAAGAGAAUAAAGCAAUGGGAAGAUAUGGAAUUCCAAACGAAGUUUGGAAGUAUGGGGGAAAGAAUGUAAAAUCUGAACUAUGGAGAUUAUUUAUUUAUUUAUUUAUUUAUUGCUUAUACAUAGACCCAACAGCGAUAGCCAUUGACAGGUUUAAAGCUAAAUUAGAUGAACAGUCUCGAGUACUAUCUAAAUCUAUCAAAUGUACAUAA